CCUGUUCAUCUUCUUCGCCCGCCAAAUGAAUCCAACCUCGGCAAUGGCUGAAUUUCACAAGCGGGAGACUAACUGCGUGUACGUAGAGACCAGCCUAGACACUCAUCUCCUGGUUCUCCUUCACGACCGUGAAACCAUCUCCGAUUUCAAAGUGAAACUAUGCAAGGAGCAUCAUCAGUGUUUUCCCAAACUUGGAGAAAUUGAUAUAUCUGCGGUUAAGGUUAAUCGUGAGAAUACAUCGGGUCUCCUUUUUGAUUAUCACUUGCCAGAUUCUAUGCUCAUGAGUAUGGUUUUCAACGGCAUCGGUCGUAAUUGUUGGUUUGUGUUUGUUGAUGCUGCCGUCAAAGUUGAAAAUUGUUUAAACCAUGAGUUGCUUGAGAAAGACAAGAAUGAUUUGGAAGGUGGAUUAGUUAGGAAGACAAGAAAGAAGAAGAGGGAACUGGAACUUUCCGGUGGAGAAAAGAGUGGGAAAAAACCAAAGGUUGAUGAUAUUAAUCAUCAAUCUUCUGCUGCUGCUUCAGAAUUUGAUGUUGAUGGGAGUCACGAGUUAAGUGGAAAUGUUGAGGUUGAAGUUGUCGCUGCUACUGAAACUGAAUCUUCACCGACAAAAAAACUAGAUGAUGAUACUCUUCCGGAAACAACAGCAAGUAAAGAAACUGAGAUGGGUGAGAAAUCUGUGGAAGAAGACGUUGAAACCCAUAAUCUGGUUAGCCACCAGGCAAAUCAUUUGGCAACCAUAUCAGAUACAGAGAAGAAGAGAUCAGAAGAUGACAUCAAUCAGUCUUCAAAUGUAGAUAGUGCUGCUGCUGCUGCUGCUGCUGAAUCUCUUCCAGCCUCUGGAGCACAAAAUCAUGGCAACCCUUUUCCUGAAGCAACUCAGAAAGAAAAUCAUUUGGACACUAACAGUGGGCUAACAGCCAGACCAGAUACAGAAAAGAAGAGAUCAGAAGAUGAAGCAAAUCGAUCCUCUGCUACUACUGCUAUUACAACUUCAAGAGAUAUUGUGAAUGAGAUAGGUAAAGUUCCUGAAAAUGUACCUGAAUCUCUUCCAAUCUCUAGAGGAGAAAAUCUUGAUGAUUCUUUUGCAGAAGCAACUCAGAAAGAAAAUGAGCUGGGAAGAGAUCAAAUUGAAACUGACAAUCUAGUGAGCCACACAGCAAAUCAUUUGGACACUGUCAGUGAGGUUACCACCAGACCAGAUACAGAGAAGAAGAAAAAAAGAAGAAAGAAGAGAUCAAAAGAUGCAAUCAGUCAGUCUUUUUCUUCUGCUUCAAGAGAUAUUGUGAAUGAGAUUAAAGGAGUUCAUGUCGAUUCUGUUGAUGCUACUCCUGAAUCUCUUCCAGUCGAAAAUCUAGGCAUUCCUUCUUCUACAGAAGCAAGUCAGAAAGAAACUGAGACGAUUCAUGACACUGUGGGAUGUGGAAAAGCUAUACCAAGUGCUGCAGAUAAUAUCCAGACCAGUAAUGUUGAAGCAGAUGCCGAUGAGGCUAAAUCAGUGAAGUCUACUAAGAAAACAAAAUCAGCUGAAGAAGAUACUCUGGUCGUUUACUCUGAUGCACACAAUGUUGAGCCUGUCAAAGCUGUGGAAGGAGAAGAGCCUACUGAUAAUAUUAUCACAACUGUAUCAGUUUCUUUGCAGGAAAAGAAUGCUUCUCUGGAGGUUGCAGACUCCCAAGAAUUGUCAGUUGAGGAAAACAAUGCUGCUUUGGAGGUUGCAGACUCCCAAGAAUUGUCAGUUGAGGAAAACAAUGCUGCUCUGGAGGUUGCAGACUCCCAAGAAUUGUCAGUUGAGGAAAACAAUGCUGCUCUGGAGGUUGCAGACUCCCAAGAAUUGUCAGUUGAGGUAAACAAUGCUGCUCUGGAGGAGACCCCUCUCAUGAACAACCCACAAGAUACUGAGAGAGAUGCUUCACUUUUGAGAAAGUGCUCUGAUGAUGCUGCUGAUAAGAGCCUUUCCAACAAAAGUCUAAAAGAGAAGGCUGAUGAUAUGGGAGACAAUUUUGGUUGCACCCAAAAUCAAGAGAAACCAGAUCAAGUGGCUGGUGGAGCUAAAUCUAAAAAGGAGAAGAAGGGGCUUUAUCUUCAUCCAAACGGUUCCUCUAAUGGCUCAAUGAAACCAAAAGAGAAAAAAAGUAGAGCUCCACAACCAGCUAGUUCAAGUACAGAUCAUUUGCAGUCAAGGGUUCCAAAUGAUGGCAGUGAUGUGACUUUUAUGUAUAGGAAGCUAAGGAAACAAUCUGGACGGAGGAACAAAUAAGUUUGCAGGGAGCGUACAAGAUAUCCUGAGAAGAUCAAGCAGUUACAAGAAGGCUUUAAGUAGAGCUCAGUCACAACCUGAUAUAGAUGAUGACUCUCCCCUAGAUUGAAUUCCUUCUUACCUAUUAUCAUUGUCUGGUUUAGUGCUGACUAAAAACCCGGUAAUGAUGUUUAAAAGUCACCACAAGGGUCCACAACAUUAGCUAGAUGUUAUGUCUUAUAUUUUUUCUUCAGUGCCUCUUUUUCAAGUGGUUUCAAUAAUUCUUUGUUUCACUUUGUAAAUGGAUCAUAUCAUG